AUGCUGAGGCAAUUCGCUAGAUCGUCGUCGUCACUUUCCGCUGGUCGGGUCGUGUCAGCUCGUUUGGCUACGAGACACGCUGGUGCCGUGACCGGUUUGGUCGCUGGUAGAGCGGUUUCUCGUGGAAUCCAUUCGUUAAAUACUUUCACUGAAGAAGAGGAUUUGUUCAGAGAAAGUGUUUCCAAGUUCGCAGAGGAGGUGGUUGCUCCGAAAGUCCGGGAAAUGGACGAAAAUGAAGCUAUGGACCCUGCCAUUGUUCAGGCCAUGUUCGAUAAUGGACUCAUGGGUAUCGAGACUCCAGAGGAGUUUGGCGGUGCUGGUGCAUCGUUCACUUCGGCUAUUUUGGUUGUAGAAGAGCUGGCUAAAGUCGAUCCUUCAGUAUCGGUUCUUAAUGAUGUUCAUAAUACUCUUGUCAAUACCACGAUCCGAACAUUCGGUUCAGAUGCGUUGAAGGAGAAGUAUCUGCCAUUAUUAGCCAGUGGUAAAGUGGGCUCGUUCUGUCUUUCCGAAGCUUCGUCUGGUUCAGAUGCAUUUGCAUUGAAAUCUAAGGCUACUAAGAACGCCGAUGGCGACUAUGUUCUUACAGGAUCCAAGAUGUGGAUCACCAACUCUGCUGAGGCCGAGAUUUUCGUCAUUCUCGCCAACCUCGAUCCUUCUCAGGGUUAUAAGGGUAUCACUGCAUUUGUCGUUGAAAAAGACAUGGGUGUUCAAAUUGCCAAGAAGGAAAAGAAACUAGGAAUCAAGGCUUCAUCGACCUGUGUCUUGCACUUUGACGAUAUCGUCGUUCCUAAGGAGAACCUGUUAGGCGAAGAAGGAAAGGGUUAUAAGAUUGCCAUUGAGUGUCUGAAUGAGGGCCGAAUUGGUAUUGCUGCUCAAAUGACCGGUCUUGCUCAGGGUGCUUUCAACAGAGCCACUGAUUACAUCUUCAAUGACCGUAAGCAGUUCAAUAAACUAAUUGGCGAGUUCCAGGGAGUUCAAUUCCAAGUGGCUCAAGCUGCUACUGAUAUCGAGGCCUCGAGACUGCUACUUUAUAACGCUGCUCGUCUCAAGGAAGAGGGCAAACCUUUCGUUAAGGAAGCUGCCAUGGCUAAACUGUAUGCCUCUCAAAUGGCCCAACGAGUGUCUUCUGCUGCCGUUGACUGGAUGGGUGGUGUGGGUUUCACCCGUGAAGACAUCCUCGAAAAGUUUUAUAGAGACUCCAAGAUCGGAACCAUCUACGAGGGUACCACCAACAUCCAACUCCAGACCAUCGCCAAGCUCAUUCAAAAAGAGCGAACGCAGUAG